AUGUAUUUGUCACGAUUCCUGUCACUGCACGCCCUCUGGGUUACCGUGUCCUCCGUGAUGCAGCACUACCCUUCCGUGUGGGGACACUAUGACGUCUGCAAGACGCAGAUCUACACGGAGGAAGGAAAAGUGUGGGAUUACAUGGCCUGCCAGCCGGAAGCCAGAGACAUGAUCAAGUACGUAAAAGUGACUCUGGACCCCCCAAACAUAACGUGCGGAGAUCCUCCCGAGACCUUCUGUGCAAUGGGGAACCCCUACAUGUGCAAUAACGAGUGCGACGCAAGCACCCAAGAACUGGCUCAUCCUCCAGAACUGAUGUUCGAUCUGGAAGGAAGGCAUCCCUCCACGUUUUGGCAGUCCACGACUUGGAAGGAUUAUCCAAAGCCUCUUCAUGUUAAUAUUACGCUCUCCUGGAACAAAACCAUUGAGCUGACAGAUAACAUAGUGAUCACUUUUGAAUCUGGCCGCCCAGACCAAAUGAUCCUGGAGAAAUCGCUCGACUACGGGCGAACAUGGCAGCCCUACCAGUACUAUGCCACGGACUGCUUAGAUGCUUUCCACAUGGAUCCAAAGUCAGUGAGGGAUUUAUCGCAGCACACAGUGCUAGAAAUCAUUUGCACGGAGGAAUACUCCACUGGGUACAUGACAAAUAGCAAAAUAAUCCACUUUGAAAUCAAAGAUCGAUUUGCUUUUUUUGCUGGACCUCGGCUCCAUAACAUGGCUUCUCUUUAUGGCCAGCUUGACACAACCAAGAAGUUGAGAGAUUUCUUCACCGUCACGGAUCUGAGGAUACGACUGCUGAGGCCAGCCACCGGGGAAAUAUAUGUCGAUGAGCAACACCUGGCACGCUACUUUUACGCCAUUUCAGACAUAAGGGUAUAUGGAAGGUGUAAGUGCAACCUUCACGCGACUGGCUGUAAGGAAGAGAACAAAAGGCUGCUUUGUGAGUGUGAGCAUAACACAACGGGCCCGGACUGUGGGAAAUGCAAGAAGAAUUACCAGGGCCGGCCGUGGAGCCCUGGUUCUUACCUGCCUAUACCCAAGGGCACUGCUAAUAUCUGUAUACCCAGUAUUUCCAGUAUGGGUACUCCUCCAAAGUUUGAUAGGAUAUGGCCGAAUAUUUCUUCCCUUGAGGUUUCUAAACCAAACCAAGUUGCUCCCAAAUUAGCUAUGCCAACUGUUCCUUCUGUUCAAGUUGCAAACCACAAGAGAGACUGCGAAUGCUUCGGGCACUCCAACCGGUGCAGUUACAUCGAGCUGCUCAAUACGGUCAUUUGCGUGAGCUGUAAGCACAACACUAGAGGUCAGCACUGUGAGUUAUGCAGGCUGGGCUACUUCAGAAAUGCUUCUGCAGAGCUGGACGAUGAAAAUGUGUGCAUAGACUGUUAUUGUAACCCUUUUGGUUCAGUCCAUGAUCGCUGUAAUGACAGAGGAUUUUGUGAGUGUAAGGAGGGAACAUCAGGGCCUAAAUGUGAUAAAUGUCUGCCGGGAUAUAUCUGGCACAGCUUGGGCUGCCAACCAAACGUAUGCGACAACGAACUCCUGCAUUGCCAGAACGGGGGGACGUGCAUCAACAACGUGCGGUGCCAGUGCCCGCCAGCGUACACGGGCAUUCUGUCCGGUAUAAGGAAAUCCGUCAAAGCUGCCAUAUUGGCCUGCUUCAGCCCCCAGAUCCUUCCCGACCUGUGCUUAGUGACCAUCGCUUUGUAA